GUAAACACUUUAGUCGCGCGUAUUUGCGUUUUUAUCUGACUCGCUGCACACGCGGUAUCUCAGGGACAAGUUGUACAGAAGACAAACACGACAGGCAACAGUAACUGCGUAAUUAUGCAGAGUAACAGAAAGCGACCCCGCUUUUGUUCUACACGACUAAAAAAUGUCCAAUGACAGGAUAAACACACUGGUGUUGUGCGCGCUAUCCUUGGCUGUAAUCACGGACGCGGGGGAAACUUUUGAAAACAAAGUUCUUCAGUUGCUUCGUGAUGAGCCGGAGAACAUUAAAUGCUUUUCUGAGACGCUGAGGGACUUCACCUGUUUCUGGGAAGAGGAGAAGAAGAACAGUUACCUUGGUCAACACUCAUUCACCUUCAUUUAUCAGUACCAGAAUGAAAACAGCAGUGAAUGUGCUGUGUCUGAACUGCAUAUACAGGGGCCUAGUGGUAAAAGGCUGUUCUUCUGCAAUAUCCCGAAAACUCAACACUUUUCUCCACUCCAGCUACGUGUGUUUCAGGGUGGGAGAGAACUCUACAACCGUCGACUCUUCAUUGACCAUGCUGUUCUGCUGGAUCCUCCUGCCAACCUGACUGUGGUGAGCACAGGGAAACAAGGGGAACUGAACGUGAGCUGGCUGCCUCCUGCCGUGAAGUACAUUGAUGACAGUUUGAUGUACGAGAUCAGAUAUGUAGCAGAAGGGAGUCCUAUGCGGAAGGAAAUAGUGAAAGCCAGCACAAAAUUCACCCUGCGUAGCCUUCAAGCAAGCAGCAAAUACAAGGUGUUGGUCCGUGUCAAACCUGACGGAAUCACCUAUGAUGGUUACUGGAGUGCUUGGUCAGAUCCCGAGUUUGGGACUACAACCCCAAGUGACCCCCUGAUUGUGGUUCUGGUUCUCAUUAUCUCUCUGAUCCUCAUCCUGCUGUCCCUCACCAUGCUUCUAUCCCACCACAAAUUCCUGCUAAAGAAACUGUGGCCUGAAAUCCCUUCACCUGAGCACAAAUUCCCAGGCCUCUUCACAAUCUACAAAGGAGACUUCCAGGAGUGGCUUGGCCACUGUAAUGGCAGCAGAUGGCCAGUUUACAUGUACACAGAGGAGCUUCCUUCCUCUCUAGAGGUGCUAUCUGAAGUCAGUCAGCCACCAAUGACAAGUCACACAUCUACACAGAGGCCAGAAACAACCCCUAGAGCACCUGACUUCCUGAGAGAAGAACCACAGGCCAUAGAAGGAGCAGACAAUCAGUUAGAGACAGGUUUGAUUGUCCGAUGGCAAGAACCUCCACACAGCCACUGGUUGAUGGAGCAGCUGAGAACUUUUCAAGAGCAUCCGGAGGUCCUCUCCCAUUCAUCACUACUUGAGUCACAAGACACAUACGUCACCCUCAACCAGAACUCUCAGCGUGGCCGGGGAGAAGUGCAAAGGGAUGAUAGCUUUGAGGAGUCAUUGCCUCUGCAGGUUCUCUUUGCUAGCAAAGAGUCCUCCUUGAUGGCUGCCUCAGAUUCUGAUAUUGGCUCCCUCCCACAAUGUUCUGGGUCAGGAAGACUAUCAUCACAGUCAAGUCUUGAAUAUCCAAACCACACAUGGCCACCCAAAGGGCCAGGAUAUACCUACAUGGCUGUGGCAGACUCAGGAGUCUCCAUGGACUACAGUCCAAUGAGCUUCAGCAGAAUAACAGACAUGGGUAAUGGCACCAUCUAUGCCAAUGAGUACAAAAAUGAUAUUCCUGGACACAAGCGACCACUUAUUGGUUAUUGAUAUUGAUCAAAAAUCUUUCUGGAAAAAUGAAACAAUUUCAAAACCAAUGUUGAAAAAUGAUGUCCAAGAAUGUCCUUUGGGGAAUCAUGCAAAAGAUUUGAUGUGCUCAUGGAGAUGAUAACGGAGUUCAAAUCAGGGUCUCUUCACUGCGUUCUUCUGAAACUUUCAGAAUGACAGUGCAACAACCAAGAAAUGUAAGAAUCUCCUGGAGACAGUCAUACCUGGAUUAAUCAUACAUAAGCUAACUUCCUCUUCGAUACUACAGUUUUUUUCCUUUUCCUCUGGCAGCUGUUGAAGUGUAAAUUUUUUAACAUUUUUAUUAUUUUAUUUUUUUACAGAUCACCAAAUACUUCAUAUACCCUUUGAAAAGGUUUACAUUUUUUCUCAGUGUAAAUAGUGGUUGGUUUUCAACGCCUAUAUAUGGUUUUGGAGUUUGUAGGACCAUGUCCAUCCAUUUUGUGUCUGUUGGUUACUCAUAAUAUUAAAAGGGUUUAGUUGUUGUAAAAUAUGUAGAUACCUUUUCAACUGGCAUUAUAUGUGUUGCUAAAAAAUUUCGAUAUAGAUCAUGUGCCAUCAUAUUUUUCUGUUAUGUAAGCAAAUACCAAAAGCAAGAGUGUCUGAUAAAUUAUCUGACUUUGUCUUCAAAAAAAUUUUCCAGUCAGUUUAAUUGUUUGACUCCAAGUUUUGCAUAUAUAAAAUAUAGUGCUCUAUGUAGAUUUGAAAUAAGUAUGGUGGAUAAUAGAGAUAUCAUUAAUCUGCAAUUAAUUUGUACAAAAAACAAAUUGUAUAAUUUAAAAAAAUUCCAAAAAUCCAAUUUUUAAAAAAUUCUAGAACUGUUUACUAGAGCAGCUGAAAUGUACCAGUCUGUCAAAUGCUAUUUUAAGGCCUGUAAACUUUUUCCAACAGAGACAUUUUUGGACAAAUUGAAAUAAAAGUCAAAAUUAUAUAUUAUAAAUGACAUUUUAUUUAUUGACACUGAAUAUGACAAAUAUGUUAUUUGUGUAUUUCAGUAAUUAUUGAAUCUUUACUUUAUAUCAAAACAAAUUCCAGAACAAACUUUCGGUCACUUUCACCCAUUAGAAAACCGAUUCACUGACUACCUCACAUAUAUCAAGUCAAUGCACCCAUACAAAAAAGGGACUAAAGUGAAUUGUGAAUUGUCACAUAUAUUGUGUAACACAGUAAUUAUUUCAUAGUCAUACAAGUAAAUAAAUAAAUUUGUACAGUUCAUAGUCACAUUUUUUUAAUUAGUAUUUGCAACCUUACUCAAUAACGUAAUUAAGUGUGAAAAAUUGAUUGAUGCUUAACAUCAAACAAUAUCAUUUUACAGAUUAAUUAGAAACUACUGUAAAUACUACUGUAGCACCCAAUCAUCUGGCAUGUUUUUUUGUUUGUUUGUUUGUUUUUUUUAAACAGUCUAUAAUUAAGAAAGUUUGUUUUACUACCAAAACCUUCAGGUUUGGGGCACCGUGUGAAAUCGUUGAUGGUGAAAACUACAUUUAAGGAGACAUUUUAUUUUAAGCUUUUUUGUUUCUUUUGCAAGUCUGAUACAAUUAUGUUUAAUAAAAGAGCAGUUAUAACAUUGUACAUGCUAACCUUGUUUGUAUAAGCACUUCCAAGUAGAAACCCUUCGCUAAUAUGUCAUGUAUUGAAACUGUUAAAUGCAAGCAUCUUUUCAUAUAAAAUAAAGAUUCAGUUUUUCUUAA